AUGGCUUUCUCCGCGCGGAGGAGCCUCGCCACCAGCCUGUCCAACCACUUCUCCCGCCGCCUCCACCCCUCCAUCUCACACCUCGUCCCUCCCCACCACGACCACUCCGACUCCGACCCCGCUCCCUCCCCCUCCUCCUCCUCCCCCGUGCCACCGCCUCGGCCCCAAUCGCAGCAACCCGCACCACCGUUCCCCUCCGCGCAUCCAUGGGCGUCGAGAUCCCGGGCCCUGGCCCCCUUCCCCCUCCCAUUCGCUCUCCACCUCGCCGCCCACCCCUACUCCUCCGCCUCGGCCCCAGGCACGGACGUCUUGACGGACGCCGCCGCCGCGGACCCCGUGUCGGAGCUGCUCUCGGAUGGGGUGGCGUCCGCUGCGGCGUCCGUCCCCUUGCCGCCGGCACCGUACCCCGGGGAGGUCGCUGCCGCCGCGGCCGAAUCAUUUCCUCCGGUCGCGGCCCUGCAGCACCUCCUGGACGCCGUGCAAUCCUUCACCGGGCUCAACUGGUGGGCGACUAUUGCGCUGACGACGGUGAUGAUCCGGUUAGUGACUGUCCCGUUGCUCAUCAACCAGAUGAAGUCGACGAUGAAGUUAAAUGAUAUGAGACCAGAAAUUGAAGCCAUCAAUGAAGAGAUGCGAAAUUCAACUGAUCCAAGAUCAAUGGAAGUGGGGAAACAGAAAUUGGGCGAGCUGUUCCUUAGACAUGGUGUGACUCCAUUGACACCAUUGAAGGGUCUAUUCAUACAGGGACCUAUGUUCAUGAGCUUUUUCUUUGCUAUAUCAAAUAUUGUUGAGAAAGUCCCCUCUAUGAAAGGAGGUGGUUUGUAUUGGUUUACUGAUUUGACGACUCCUGAUAAUUUUUUCAUCCUCCCAGUGUUAACAUCACUGACCUUUCUGGCCACAGUAGAGCUUAAUAUGCAAGAUGGCAUGGAAGGAAAUCCUAUGGCAAAAACAAUGAAAAAGGUCUCUAGAUUUUUUGGAGUUAUGUUUGUUCCAUUUACAAUAGGCUUUCCAAAGGCAAUUUUCUUUUACUGGGUCACAUCAAACUUUUUCUCACUUGUUUAUGGUGCUGUUAUCCGGAAUCCGGCUGUAAGACUCUCCUUAAAUAUUCCUCCCUUGGAAUCUCAUCCUACACCUGCACAAGUGCAGCCCUUAAACCUGUUGGGCAGACCUGAGUCAAGCCCUGGAGUCGAUUCUCCUAUUUCCGACAAGGAAUGUGAGCAAUCGAGUUCUGUGCUAAGUACUGGAGUCGAUUCUCCUAUAGCAGACAAGGAAUGUGAGCAAUCGAGUUCUGUGCUAAGUACUGGAGUCGAUUCUCCUAUAGCAGACAAGGAAUGUGAGCAAUCGAGUUCUGUGCUAAGUGACCGUAUCAGAGAUCUCGAGAUAAGGGCUAAAUCAAGGGGUGGAUCUCAAGAGUAA